GGAUGCUGUCUGUCCGUUCCGCUGCUCUGACUGCUCCUGAAAGCUCUCAGAUGUGCAGAGAGCUGCGUCUUCCUUAGCGGCAGAAAGCAGCCGCUCUCACUCACACCGCCGUCCUCGUUUAUUUAUUUUUUUGAAGUUCACAGGAAUUCGGUUUUAAACUCUCUCCCUCUUUUUCGCUGUAGUUUCUUCCACGCUUUGUGUUUUCUCUGUUUCUCGCCGGCUGGUGAAGUGGAAGCUGAGUCUCAUCAGCUGCUCCAACCAGCGUGGAUGUGCGGCUGCUUCCCUGCUCACCAUGAACGGCUGAGUCACCAACUUAGCACCUAACAGAUCACAGUCACACACCUCAGUCCUUCAACACAGCCAGGCUCCACUCAUCAAUCAUCUUUGAUUUCCUGCCACACAUUCAGAUAGCACGAUUAUUUGCCAUGCUUCAUGGGAAGGCUUUGAACUCCUGCCUGGUCUUCUUCCUCCUUCUCUUCACCUUUGCCAUUGCCCAUGCACACUCCUACCCCCGGUUUUCACGCAAUGACACGGAGUUCCAGCACCUGGUGCUGCACCCAGACCCUGCUGUGGGAACGGUGUACCUGGGAGCCAGGAAUCACCUCUUCCAGCUAGAUGGGUCAGAUGGACUCAGGCUGGAGCAAGAGGAGAUCACUGGUCCUGUGAGCGACAGCAAAGACUGCCUUCCUCCUGUGACAGAAAGUAACUGUCCCCAAGCUAGAAGGACCAUUAAUCACAACAAGCUGCUCCUGGUGGAUCCAAAGGCAUUAGAGCUGAUCACGUGUGGCAGUGUUCACCAGGGAACAUGCCAAAAACGAAGCUUAGGAUCCAUCAAGAAAGUUCUCUUCUCCACUGAAAGGCCAGUGGAUACUCAGUAUGUUGCGGCUAAUGAUCCGUCAGUGUCAACCGUUGGGUUGGUAGUUGGAGUACCUGGCGGGCAGAGGACGGUGAUGUACGUGGGUCGGGGCUACACUGCCAACCACCCACCCAUCUCUACCCGCCACCUUUCAUCAGAGCCCAUAUUUUCCUACGAGGAGACCGCCAAGCUGGCCGUAGCCGGACGCCUGUCAGAAUAUGACCAUAAUUUCAUAACUGCUUUCACACGCCUCUCAUACGUGUACUUCCUGUUUUACCGCCGAGACAUCAAGUCAGUUUCGAGGGAAUACCGGACUUACGUAGCCAGGGUAUGCCUGGAAGACACCUCCUACUAUUCAUAUGUAGAAAUUCCCCUUGUCUGCCAAUCUCCAUUUUCUCCAUCCAUGAAAUAUAACGUGCUUCAGGCAGCCCAGGUGGGCCACGGUGCAGGCCACCAAGGCGAAGAUCUUUUGGGCGUCUUCUCCACCCGCACUGGCUCAACAAAUAACCCUUUGGAUUCCUCAGCCUUGUGCGUUUUCCCUCUGGAUGAGCUCGACAGGCACAUUGACUCCACCCGUGACCUUUGUUACACCCAAGAUGGGUGGGUUGAGGGUAGAGGGGAGGUGGCCUACAUAGAGUACGAGGUCAAGUCCAGCUGCGCCAACCUCCCUCUGAACACUCUCAAUGCAUACCCGUGUGGUUCUGACCACACCCCAAGUCCCAUGGCGAGCAAAAUACCGCUGGAAGCUAAAGCUGUGUGGCAAACGUCCAUGGCCCGUCUCACUGCUGUCGCAGUCAGUGUCAGAGAGGGACACAGCAUCGCCUUCCUGGGAGACGCCAGAGGCAAUCUUCACAAGGUUUAUCUCAGCAAGGAUGGGGCGGUGGUGGUGUAUGCAAACUCAACAAUACAACCCAACUCCCCCAUCAACAGUGAUCUGUUACUUGAUGAUCGUGGCUCACACAUCUAUAUUAUGACCAAAACUACAGUAGAGAAGCGUCCUGUAGCAGAAUGUGGAGAUCACCUGGACUGUCAGUCUUGUCUGUCUGCCAGAGACCCUUACUGCGGUUGGUGUGUCCUUGAGGGACGUUGUGGCCAGCGGUGGGAGUGCCAGCGAGGCUCUUUGCAGGGCCAGUGGUUGUGGAGUUUCAACCAGACGCAGCAGUGCCUCAGCAUACAGCGCCUCAGCCUCUACAACAUCAGCCGUGGAGAGAAAGCAGAUAUUGCAUUGUCAGUAGAGGGUCUGCCCAGUCUCCAACAAGACGAGGCCUACUCCUGCUUCUUCCAGGACACAGAAACCCCGGCCUUGCUCACCACUACUGGUGUCAUAUGCUCCACCCCAGAUGCCAGCAACCUGCCCCCCAUUGGUCUGGGAGAUGAAUUUGUGACAGUGCCCUUGGCCCUGCGUUUCAUUAAUGUGACUGUAGCUGAGACAGAAUUCACCUUCUACAACUGCAGCCUGGUGCAGGAGCUUUCUGGGCGCAGGCCAUGCCACGGCUGUGUCAGCAGCCGCUGGGGAUGUAACUGGUGUAUCCAUGAGCAUGUCUGCACACAUAAACACACCUGCAGCCAAGGUGUCACCAUCCACAACCAACAUUUCACACCACAAACACCCCUCAUUCCACCACCAUCCAGAAAUCCUACCCCUUCACCUCCAUCUGUUUUGACUGCUCCUACAACAACAACAACAGCAACAACAACAUGGUCACCACCCACAGAGACAUCUGCCCCCACCACAGCAGCUGUCUCCUCAACAACCAGUACAGAGAAACCCCCCACCAGCCCUCAUGCUGAAUCCAGUACCCCAACUUCCCGCUCCACACCUUCCCCCUUUGUCAGGAUCUCCACCCAGGGUAGCACCACUCAAACUGACGUCGCCACCACAGAUGGGGCCCUCUCCAACAUAGAGGGAGUCACAAGAGAAGCUUUUGGUUCUGUAAGUGGCUUUUUGGAAGAUGAGGACACCUUAAAUGUCACAGAUGAAAUGAGCCACACAACAUUACCAACCAGCACCAAUAGUCACAUAGACUCUCUGCUGAGAAUCUUAGACCUUUCUGGUGAGGCUAUGGGCUCUACCCUUGAGAUAAACUCUACUACCUUCAGUGAAGUGGCCCCUUUAAUAGACCCCUCUAUCAGUGAGGAUGAGGAGGCCAUUCCUCUAUCUACUUCUGAGGAGAAUGUCUCACCUCCGGGGCUGAAUGGCUGGGCAAUGCCAGAGAAAGUGACAGAGAUGGACUCUGAAAUGACUCCAUCUGUCGCCCGUAUGUUCAUCACGACACAAUCACUAGAAACGGUUGUUGAUGUCAGCUCUGAAUCUCCAACAAACCUCCAGUCUGAUUCUUCUUCUGAGUCUUUUACUCUGGAAUGCCCGUGUGUGGAAAAAGUUCAGGAUUCUUCUCUGCUCCCUGUCAAUGUGGAGAGGAAGAUCACGUUGGUGGCCCAACACCUAAACCUCUUUCAGGAUGAAGAUAUGGAGUAUGAGUGUGUGCUGGACAUGGAGAACCAGUCAGUAGUUGUCGAGGCCUCCGUAGAGCCAGAUGCUGGUCAACCAUCAGUCUUCUUUAUCACCUGUCAACCACACCAGUAUGUUUAUUCCCUGUUUACAGAGGAAUACUCGGUAAUGAUUAACGUGAGGAGAAAAAACAACUUUCUCAUUGACAGCGCUGAGAAUCUGCAUGUGACUCUGUUCAACUGUUCAGUGGGCCGAUCCGACUGCAGCCGGUGUCGAACAGCUGACCCGAAGUACGGCUGCGUUUGGUGUGGUGGAGCCGUCAGCUCCAGCUGCAUGUAUCGAGACUCCUGCGCUGAUGAUAUCAAACACACCUGCCCUGCACCGGUCAUUCACUUUCUGGACCCGGUAUCUGGUCCAAUCGAGGGAGGCACAGUUGUAACCAUUUCCGGCUCUAAUCUUGGUCAGAGGGCCGAAGACAUCGAGAGUUUUGUCACAGUGGCCGGAGUGCCAUGCAACGUCAUCCACAGCAGAUACGAAGUCUCUUCGAGGAUAGUGUGUGAGACUACAAGCAGUGGAGGGGAGAUCAGGGGACAUGCCUCAGUCAGAGUAAGAGGAGGAGGACACGGGCUUUCGGCUCAGAUAUUCAGUUUUCAGAAUCCUGUACUCAGCAGCAUUUUUCCUUUAAGAGGGCCAAAAGCUGGGGGCUCGUCGCUCACCAUUAGAGGUCAGAGUCUGAGGACCGGGCAUCCAAGUGAGGUCGGGGUCCUGAUCGGAGGAGUUCCGUGCAUGGUGCUCAACAUCCAGGAGGAUCAGAUCAAGUGUCUGACGAGAGGAAGCAACAGAACAGGAGAGCACAGCAUCAUGGUCCGCUUUGGUGGAGCAGAGCGCCACCUGCAGGGUUUGGUGUAUCAUUACACCCCUAACCCCAACAUUACAAAGGCAGCGCCGUCCAAAAGCUUCCUCAGUGGAGGGAGGACCAUCAAAGUUGAUGGCCACAACCUGGAUGUGGUCCAGGAGCCAAAAAUGAGAGUCACCCUCAGUCCGCCUGAUGCUCUGCCUCCCAGACGGAGGAGGAGUGUUGGGAAGAAGGUUAAAGACCACCUCAACAGAGGGGAGAACCACCGGGGCCCACUGAGGAGAUGGAGGAGGAUUGUUCCAGAAGUAACCUGCCCUGAGGGAAUCCUCUGCCAUGUAAAACAAUAUGAAUCCCGCUGCGCAGUCCGCAACUCCACUCUCAUCUUGUGUCCAACUCCUGCUGUUGGUUCAGAGGCCAAAGGGGCCAGGGUCAAAGUUCACUUCCUUUUAGACAGCCUCCAUUUUGACUUCAGCACUGUCGGUGGUGAAACCUUCAGCUAUGAGCCCAACCCUAAGCUGUUUGCGUUGAACAGGAAUGACCCGAGCAAGCCGUACCACCACAAACCAGGCAGCAUCAUCUCCGUCGAGGGAGAAAACCUGGAUCUCGCCAUGUACAAGCAGGAGGUGGAGGCCAGGAUAGGAGGGGGCUCAUGUGUGGUGAAGACCCUGACACACAACCACUUGUACUGUGAGCCGCCAGCUCAGCAGCCCUCCAUCAUAUCCAACAGAAAGCAGGAGAGCAUGGAAAGUCUGCCUGACUUCACUGUGAAAAUGGGAAAUCUGAACUUCUCCCUGGGCAGAGUGCAAUACGACAUCCAGGCACAGUCUACAUUCCCUCUGGAGGCUCAGGUGGGAGUUGGGGUGGGAGCCUCCAUCGUGGCUCUAAUUGUACUCAUCAUAGUGCUUAUAUACAGGAGAAAGAGCAAACAGGCCAUGAGAGACUAUAAGAAGGUACAGAUCCAGCUUGAAAACCUGGAGACCAGUGUCAGGGACCGCUGUAAGAAAGAGUUCACAGACCUGAUGACAGAGAUGAUGGACAUGUCCAGUGAUUUAGGGGGUUCAGGGAUUCCCUUCCUCGAUUAUCGGGCAUAUGCAGAGCGUAUUUUCUUCCCGGGCCACCAGGAGUCGCCACUGAGGCGAGAUCUGGAUGUUCCAGAAAGCCGAAGACCGACAGUGGAGCAGGGCCUGGUUCAGCUGUCCAAUCUGCUCAACAGCAAGCUUUUUCUCACCAAAUUCAUUCACACUCUUGAGGUCCAGCGGACAUUUUCCCCCAGGGACCGGGCCUACGUGGCUUCUCUGCUGACUGUGGCCCUGCACGGUAAACUGGAAUACUUCACAGAUAUCCUUAAAACGCUGCUGAAUGACCUGGUCGAACAGUAUGUGGCCAAAAAUCCCAAACUCAUGCUGAGAAGAACUGAAUCAGUGGUGGAGAAGCUGCUGACAAAUUGGAUGUCCAUUUGUCUCUACACAUUUCUGAGGGAAUCAGCGGGGGAGUCGUUUUACAUGCUGUUCAGAGCAAUAAAACACCAGGUGGACAAGGGACCUGUGGACGCCGUGACCGGUAAAGCCAAGUAUACUCUGAAUGACAACCGACUGCUACGGGAGGACGUGGAGUAUCGUACGCUGACUCUGAAUGUUGCGACGCCGACCGCAGCGGCCAGCGGAGGAGCCACUAAUCAGACGGUCCCGGCGAAGGUUCUAGACUGUGACACCAUCACCCAAGUGAAGGAGAAAGUUCUGGAGCAGUCCUGGAAAGGAAUGUCUUUUUCGCAGAGGCCGCACGUCGACUCGCUGCACCUUGAGUGGCGGGCAGGGGUUGCAGGUCACCUCAUCCUAUCAGAUGAGGACCUGACAUCGGUGGUGCAAGGCUCCUGGAAGCGCCUCAAUACAUUACAGCACUACAAGGUCCCUGAUGGAGCUACUGUGGCCCUCAUUCCCAGAAACAACAAGCAUCACCUUCAUGACAGCCAUGACUAUAUGCCUGGAGAAAAGACCCCUAUGUUGGAUGAUGGGGAGGAAGGUGGCGUGAAACUUUGGCAUCUGGUUAAAGCCAGCGACGAAGCCGAGUUACCGAAGCACAGGAGAGGCAGCAUGAGGGAGAAGGGAGGGGAGCGGGCGAAGGCUAUCCCUGAGAUCUACCUCACACGGCUGCUCUCCAUGAAGGGCACUCUGCAGAAGUUCGUGGAUGAUUUAUUCACCGCCAUCCUGAGCACCAGCCGUCCCGUGCCUCUGGCUGUCAAAUACUUUUUUGACCUGUUGGAUGAGCAGGCUCUGCAGCACAGCAUCACAGACCCGGAGACCAUCCACAUCUGGAAAACUAACAGUUUACCGCUGCGGUUCUGGAUCAAUAUUCUGAAGAACCCCCAGUUCAUCUUUGACGUGCAGACCUCAGAUCAUGUGGAUGCUGUGCUGUCCGUCAUCGCUCAGACCUUCAUGGAUUCCUGCACCAUUGCUGACCACAAACUGGGAAGGGACUCUCCCAUCAACAAGUUGCUGUAUGCCAGAGACAUCCCACGUUACAAACAGAUGGUGGAGAGGUACUAUGGUGACAUCAAACAGACCAUCUCUGCCAGUGACCAGGAGAUGAACUCAGCUCUUGCAGAACUUUCCCGUAAUUAUGCCGCUGAGGUCAACUGUCAUGUGGCUUUGCAUGAGCUGUAUAAGUAUAUCAACAAAUACUAUGAUCAAAUUAUCACUGCUUUGGAAGAGGACGCUACAGCUCAGAAGAUGCAGCUCGGUUGCAGACUCCAACAGAUCGCUGCUGCUGUGGAAAACAAGGUGACGGACCUAUGACCCCGGUGCAAGGAAUGAGAUCGUCUUGAUUCAUGAAGGGAAGGCAUCAUUAGAAAAACUUGUCCUAUUUUUUCUGGACAGAAAAAAACAAGUUAUUUUUUAUCUAAGAACAAAAGAUGACAAAGAAAUAUUGUGACCCGAACUGUGAUAUCGCUGGACGGACCGGUUUUACACGAAGACAGAGUUUGACCGCAUUUCUUACGGCCGUCCUCUAAAUGGGAGAAAAGGGACAGCACCCAACAUGGAUGGAAAAAUGUGAAAGAAUGUGGAAUGAAGCAAACAUGAAAACAUUUUACAUUUACCGAUGUUUCUCCUUGGAUUUAACUCUUCAAAAGAAAGACUUAUUAUGAAAAAUAAUCAUUUGCUUUGUUGAUGGACAUGUUGUCAUCUGGACAAACUGAGCAGAACAUUCCCACCCAACAGGAUUUGCUUUCUAUUCUAGAAGGAAGACUUCACCCUAAAUGUCGACGCUGUUGAAACCUUUUUAUUUUUCUCUCCAAGUCUUAUGGGUUUCUUGUAAUGCCUUUUUUUUUUUUUUUUGCUUUUACCUUCUUCUAAGUCUCACUUUAUAUUUCUGUGGAAUUUUUUACAUCGAUUUUGCUUCUGAAUACUAUUGCUGCCAAGGACCACUGUGGGUCUUGUUUUCUCUUUUUGGCUCAUCUUCUCAAAUAUUGAUGUACAUUUUGUACGAUUUUUGUGUUUGAAUUGCCCAAAUUAAGGUGGAUUCUAUUGCCUAAACACAUCACCUAAAAGAAUCUAGUAUUCCUUUUUUUUUUAUUAAAAACUGGGUAGUUUAUUAGUAAAAUGAGAGCAGGCCCGACCUUUUAAAGCUCCUCAGAUAAAAAACAAAUUCCCAUUGAAAUAACAAGUUAAGAAAAAGGUUACAGGCACAUUAUUGAAGAUACCCAGAGAAAUGUUUUACAGCUACACUGACCUGUCUUGACACCUAAAAAUUUGAUCUUAUUCCAGUUAGUGAACGCAUCGUAGUAAAGGCAGAUAUAAGGUUGAAGAAAACCUGUCUUUUUUUAGGGGAGAGGUGGUUUGAAGACUUGUUGUCGGCAGCAUUGUGCAUGGGAUGGAUUGAUAGAUGUUUAUGUUGACACAGCUUCUGAGCCUCAAAUGAUAAAGUUGUUAAUGUCAACAUUUAUCUAAAGGACGGUAUGGACUGACCAGCUGAUAGCAAGAUUAACCCGAGGCAGAUGUAGUUUUAUCUCUAUGAAGGAGGGCCUGAGGUCUGACCCAUCAGAAUCCACUGCCCAUCGCCCGAUUCCACCCUACUUCUCUAGAUCCAGUUAUCGUAACGUUGUCACACGGUACUUAUUGUAAAAAACAUGCAGUAUGCUCUGUAUGAAACAUCGCCUUCUCUUCAUGAUGUGGUGCAUGCUUUAGCGUGUUCGGUGGGCUGAUCGGAAACAAGCUCCUCGUACACCCGAAACUUGAGCUCCAUUAAAUCCUCAUAGCAAAAUCAUGUCACACUGACAACACUCUUCGGUGUGAUAGCUGUUACUAAGUUAAGAUGCAAAACAACCUAUUUUUAUAAGAGGAAGCUUUGCAAGAUUGUGAGAGGGAGUAAAACUAUGAGCAGAUAAUAGGAAGGCUCCAAUAUUCUUCUAGUUUUCGCAACCUUUGUUGUGGAACAUGUUGGAUCUGGAAAGUUAUAGUAGGGAUGAAUAUUCUGUAGAAUAUACAUAUGAAAUUGGCUAAAAUCAGUAUUUCAAGUUAAACUUUACAAAAAGCAGAGAUCAGAAAUCUGCACAAACCUCUGAUUGGUGCAUCGCUACACAUCAAUUAGCCUUUCAUUCCCAACUUCUGAAUUUCUGUUUGGUUUCCCUACUCCAGAUUUAUUUUCCAAAACCUCUAAAAGUAUCAUGUUCCAGAAAAAAAGAAAUAUUGAGAGAUUUUAAAUCCUGUGGAAAUUCCAAAAGAAUGAACAUUGUCCAUUCAUGUUAUGUAAAUAUCUUUUCCACAUGUGCAUUUUUAAGUUUCAGUUGCAUUACCUGCACUGUUUUUCUACAUCGUGUACUUUUUUUCAAUGGAUUAACAUGUUUUUUUUUUUUUUUUGGAAACUUGAUUUCAAUGAGUACCUGGACCGAUUAAGCUCUACCUGUUGCUACUGUAUGAAAAGGAGCUGAUUCUGCACAGAUGUUUCCACUGACCAACCAGCUGUGCCCAGUUCUUCGCUUUAUAAACGUUUCUGUUGUUGCUGUCAAAGUGGACGAUUUUAGCAGUAUUGUGGCAAAGCGAAGCUUUUUAUCUUGUGAAUAAUUCAGUCAGUCUGAUUACUUUUAAACAAUGUGCCUCUUGCUCGGUGAUGCCACAUGUGGAAGGCUUUUAGUUGUUGUUUUCAAAUUUAAUUUAUUGUUUAUUUAUUUUUUCGCUUAUGCUGUUGUUUUUUUUUUUCCUGUCAGACCUACAGAACUGUAUUUGUACCCUUAAUUCAGAUCCUUGUUUUUGUCGUACCGUGUGGUGUUGCUCUAAGAUAACUGUAAAGGAUCAAGUCCAAAUUAAGCUCACAAUCAGCUUUUUUUUGAUGAAUCAGUCUCUCUUUUUCCAUUAUAAACUAGUUGGAGAUUCUGAUUUCACAUUGUUGCAAGCAGUAACCUUGUACAUAAAUACCGUUUUCAUUUUUUUCACCAUGCACAGUAAUGUUGCCUGCAGAUUAUCAGUUAUGAUAUCUGCUCUGUAGUUACGUAUCAUUUCCCAGUAAUCUUCAUUCUUAGCCUUCUCUGACUAACUGAUAGGAUGAGCCUAACAACAGCUUCAUUUGAUGCAAUAAAGUGGUUCAUAUGUACACAGA